AUGCUCCCCGAAACCAGUCCGAUGUUGCCGCCUUCCACCUCCCGGGCAAGUCUAACCCAGCACGACGCCCGUGGCUCUGUACUAGGUGCCGCUGCUCCAUCAGUGCUGGCAGCGGAGCCUGGAACGUUUUCGGUUUACGCCCCGAAGGCCGUCAACGUCCCGCCGAGUCAGGGCGGUCCAUCCGCGACGUUCUCGCUACCGUCACCGCUCUUAAUGCAGCAUUUCUUGCCGCAGCCUCAAGCUAGUGGGGGCAUGUAUAAAGUGCAAAGCUUUUCCACCACUCUUCAGCGGGCUUCCAGUUCCACCGCGGCGUUGCUAGCUGGAGGGGUCUCUACUGAGGGAAGCACUCCAGGUCUCCACACUUACGCUCAGAGGCUGCAGACCCCAGAGGACACCCCUAGAUUGUCCAUCACAUCGCUUCCAAUGCAAGGUGUCUAG